AUGCGCAUUAUAUCAUCUACAUGGUGCGUGCUGCUGCUGCUGCUGCUGCUGCUGCUAGCGAUUGCGGUAACCGCGUCGCAUGAGCCGCGCUUCCACGUGCGUCCCCCCACCAAUUGGGUCAACGACCCCAACGGACCUUACCGUGACCCCAUCACAAAACAGAUGCACCUGUACAUGCAGUACAACCCGCACGACUCGGUGUGGGGCAAUAUAAGUUGGUACCACUUCACAUCGAAGGACUAUGUGAAGUGGCUGGAUCAAGGCAUUGCACUAAAGAACAAUAAUGAAUACGAUCGCAGAGGUGCAUACAGUGGAUCCAUCACGCA